AUGAAAGCUCGGUGCUUUGGCCCUCGCCCCUGUUCUUCGUGCCUUGCCGGGUACAGCCUUUCGCCUCAACCCCAACGUGGGCUCAUUAGCUCCUUGGCCUUCAGCUGGUUUGGGCAAUUUCAAUUGGCCAAUCCAAUUGUCGUCCUCGUAAAUUUCAAGGUUACUCCCGGCCUCGUCUGGUCGCAGGGCCAAGACCCAAACUUCUAG